AUGCCUGCACGCAUCUCUGCCCCACCCACCCUCGACGCUCUGCCCAACGCCGUCGCAGUCAUCUUUGACCAGGCUCAGUCGACCACCGCCAACCAUCAGAAGAACAUUGUCGCCCUCGCCAAGCUGCAGACAGAUGCCGCCACCAUCACCGAAAGCGUGCAGAAUGGCCGGAGCACGAAGCUCAUCGGAGAACGCGCGUUUGAAGAUGCCAUGUUGCUUAUGAUCGGCCGCGUUCUGCCGCUCAAGAAAGGCAUAACGCCUGCUGACAGAAUCAUGAGAUUUAUUGGCGGAUUCACAAAGUUCAUCAAUGAGAAGGGCAGCUCUGACGUAGGAUCAGCUUCCGAAGAACGUGGAAAUGGCCCCCAUGAUGAGGACGAAGACACCACUGCAUCGAAAUUCGUCGCUCGCAUUCUCAACUUUCUCCUGCCUGGCUGCGUUGCCAAGGACAAGAAUGUCCGCUUCCGCGUCCUCCAAUGCAUUGCUGAGAUGAUAUCACACCUCGGAGAGAUUGACGAGGAGACGUACACGUCCCUGCGCUCGUCUCUGAUGGAGCGAAUCAGAGACAAGGAGCCCAUGAUUCGCGUGCAAGCCAUUCUGUCGUUGUCGAAACUGGCUGGAUCAGAAGACGUUUCUGAGCUGGAGGAGGAUGAGCCCAGCAUCCUGGAAAGCCUGGUCGAGGCCAUGACAUGCGACACCUCUGCUGAUGUACGACGAGUGGCUGUGGUCAACCUUCCGUUGGCUCCACAAACUCUAUCUUCUCUUCUUUCUCGUGCUCGUGAUGUCGACGCGGUCGUGAGAAAGCUAGUCUACGCCGCCGUCCUCGAGCCGCACUGCGUAUCAGAAUCAGGUUCUGGUAUUGGGUUCACCCAUCCACGCGCACUGACGAUAGCACAGCGUGAGUUCAUCGUACGCAGCGGAUUGGGCGACCGAGAAGAGGCAGUCAAAGCUGCUGCGAUGAAGCUCCUUGCAACAUGGGUGGACACGGUGCGCGCCAGUGGCGUCAAGAAAGAGGAGGAAGAUGAAGAUGGCAUACGUGGAGACAUUAUAGCGUUCCUCAAGCUUUUUGACCUGGCCGAAGGGACUGUUGCCGAGGAUGCUCUGCGUAGUGUAUUCAACACCCGCAUCGAUAUAUUCGACAAUGUGGAAUUUGGAGAUGGCUACUGGAAGACUCUUACGCCAGAGCGCUCGUUUUUAGCACGCGUCUUCGUUGACCACUGUAUCGCUACCAAGGAUAAUGCUAGAUUGGAGUCAGCCCUGCCCGUAGUGACAGUGCUCGUAUUCCGCUUGCAAGACGCAUUCAACGAACUUGUGCAGGAGAUCCAGGACGAUAGCGAUGAGCGUCUCUUCCGUGACGGGAUGCAGGACGAUGAAGAGGAAGAGAGACGCGCGCGAAAGGAGGAGCAAAGACUGGACAAAGAGUUUGCGAUCGGCGAGAUGCUCAAACUGGCGGUCAAUCUGGAUUACGCGGACGAGAUCGGCAGACGAAAGAUGUUCCAGCUCAUUCGCGCCAUGGUCUCCCACAAGACGUUGCCAGAAAGUCUCGUUGCUCAUUGCCUCGAUGUCUUGCGAACACUAUCUCCGAACGAGCGUGACCUGAUCAUGGUUGUCGUCGAAGUAAUCCACGAGAUCAGGGACCCAAGCGAUGCAGGGGACGAGCUGAGGGAUAUCAACGAUGGCGAAAGCGAGUUCGGGCGGACACCUGCGACAGCCAGGAUCAUGCGAGUUCUGCCAAAGUCCACCUCAGAGGAGGCGCCAGAGCAGGAAGCACGGUCUGUCGAGAUGGAUGCUCGAUGUCUCUCUUUGUGCAUCGGUAUGCUUGAGAGAGUAAACGGGACAUUCGAGGAAAACUCAACGCUAGAGGGUAUUCUACGCGAACUUAUCCUCCCCGCGGUCAGAAGCAAAGAAUUUGUCCUCAGGCAGAAGGGUUUGGUCAGUCUCGGUCUAUGCUGCUUGAUUGCAAGACGCAUGGCCAUCAACUCGUUCCAACUGUUUGUGAACCAAGUGCAAGCGUCUCCAGAAUCUCUGAAGACCAGUAUCCUCCAUAUCAUCUUCGAUAUACUCAUGGUGCACGAGGGCGACUUCCUCGGGCCAGGGAGUGCAAGUAGCGAAAAAGUUGUCGAAUUUUUGCUUCAUCUUUUGGAGAAUGAAGAAUCGGAUAAGAUUCAAGCUUUGCUGUGUGUCGGCGUCUCCAAGCUCGUGCUGUCGGGCAUGAUCACUGACGAACGCGUCCUGAAAGGCUUGUUUUUGGUGUAUGUCUCCCCUGAGACAUCUCACAAUCAAGAGCUGCGGCAGUGCCUUUCAUAUUUCUUCCCCGUCUACUCGUACUCAUCUGCUAUCAACCAACGGCGCAUGGCUAAGGCAGGCCUUAUCUUCAUCCCAUUAUAUGAACACCUGAUCUCGACGCUGCAAGAAUGGGACGAAGGACAGGAAGUGGUCACUGCGGCGCAAGUGGGCCUCAUGUUUGUCGACUGGACGGACCCGCAGAAGGCAGCGGCAAUCGGGAGAGGAAGACAGUCUGGCAUUACAGAUGACACGAUUCACGUCGAUCUGGCAAGCGACAUUGUCAAGGUGCUCUUCAACAAGGAUAUGGAAAAGGAUGACAAGAAAGCGUUGGUCCAAUUGCUCGGCAAACUUUACAUACCGGAUACGUUGGACGACGACAAGCUGCGCACUCUUAAGCUGCUGACGCGCAAUCUACGAUCGCGGCGCCCGCUCAGAGAUGCUGUGUCUCAAAAUGCUUUCGCAAAAUUUGACGAUGGCAUCUCGAAGAAGUUUGCGAAGCAGUUGGAAAGCUUUAGCGAGGAGGAAUAUCGGCAGCUGGAGAAUCUAAAGGAUCUGUUUGAGUUCUUGGACGAUAUCGCUCCAGAGUCCGAACAGGAAGACGUGAAACCAGCGAAAAGGACAGGAAAGAAACGGAGAUCUGAAAGCGUUACAACAGCCACGACCACGACACCCCCGCUUUCCGACCGCGAAAGCCGACCUCCUUCCCCACGGAGGCACAGGAAGGGCAAAGCGAAGUACGCAGGUAGACUCUCCUAA